AUGGAGCGAUUUGAGCCUAGCCGAUUAAAAGCUGAAAUCGUAGUUUCGAUUGGUUUGGAUCUCGGAACAUAUGGCAGUAGCAAGCUCACACGUGCUCAAAAAAGAAGGCAAAAGGUGGAUCCUGAGCUCACAUGGCGUGAAGAACCUGAAUUCACGAGUUUGAAUCCGAAUGCUGGUGAUGAUGACCAAGAUCUGAACAUGGGAAUCCAAUAUGAAGACGUCCCUGAAGAAACCUUUGGUAAUAGUCUUCCUGGUUUUGAACUUUUAUGUUUCUAG